AUGCCACGAGACGGUGGUGGCCGGUCGCACAACGCUUAUGACCUCAGUUCUGAGACGAACCAUGACAUAACUCACGGAGCUGGUAACGCGGACAAUGAUCCUCAUGUUUCCCGAGCGGACAGGACUGCGGAAAUGCCUCAGCAUGAACCUGGUGCUGCCGUACAAAACAUGAAUGCUAGCGCAGGUCACAGCCAGGGCCUAGCAGAAGGACCCGAGAGAGGCCAAGGAGGUCGAUCAACGAAAGCUUGA